AUGUCGACGCCCGCCAGCAGCAAAAGAGUAAAAUUUGUCGCUUCUGAUCCAUCUCGAGGCGGCUUGCCUGUGAAGCGCAAACAGGUCCAGCACGCCUGCGACUCUUGUCGCCGGAAAAAGCGAAGAUGUAUUCAUGCAGAUGACGCGGGAGAUGAACCCUCACCAGACGAGGGCCGUGGCCCAGGUUCCUCGCCAUCUCACACAUCGCCUGUACACGACGCCCGCAGCGUCACGCCGGUCAGCCGCACCUCAUUACCUUUAGCCGCGAAUGGCCUUUAUGGCCGCCAGCAAGAACAGCCUCAUCCGCCAUUCAAUCGCGCAAAUAACAUAGUGCAGCGUCAUGCCCAAGAUGGUUCGUUUCAGACGCGGUCGUCUCGCUUUGUUGGCGACUUGAAUCCCGAGGGCAUGUUUAUCGAGGCCACAGCGUCAGUCUCCGCUCGCGAAUCCUCUCAGAAGGGUGACGUUGGAAUAUGGCUCCCCGCUGGCAGUGGACAGUCGUCACAAUUCAUCACUUCUCGACCACCUGCGAUAAUGGACAGGUUUCUGCUCCCAUUCGUAGAGGAACAUUGCCUGUCAUGCUUACCUCCGGAGGACGAUUUCGCAAAGCUGAAAGCCACAUUUAUUCACAAGAUUCACCCCAUAUUCCCCAUUCUCUCUCUAUCAUCGCUCAAUGAACCUCUCAACAGCCCUGCAAAUAUUAUUCAGCGCCAACUUGUAUGCCUGGCGGCUGGAAGCGACCCAGACAUGACACAAUACCUACGACUCGAGAACAGAGGUUCUGCUUUGUUAUCGCCACAAGACUAUUCGCAAUCGCUGUCCUCGUCGGUUAGAGCUAUACUAGAAACAAGCCUCAUCACUGACAGAGUGGCGCACAUUCAAGCUUUAGCAAUGCUAUCGUUCUACGUUCAGCCCACAUGCGCUGAGGAAGCCGAUUUACCGGCGCAGCUGGGCGGUAGGGCUAUACAUCACAUCCAAACAUUGGGUCUUCACUUAUUACGCUACGACUCACCCAACUGCGAUGACCUGAACAACUUGUUCUGUGCAGUGUGGGCAUUGGAUCGCAUAAAUGCGGCCAUGUAUGGCCGACCGUGUCUGCUCCAUGAGAGGGAUAUCGGCACCGAUCUCGACGCAUGCAUUCGCAAACGACCGCCAUGUUUUAGACUUUUUCUGUCCGUCAUACAAUGGCUCGACCAAGUGGUAGAGCUAUAUCGGCCAGGCCCAAGUGAAGAAGCUUCUGGGGUUGACAAGGUAGCCUACAUCGACCUGCCAGUCUUGGAAGCGAUGAUUGUGAAUGCGGAUGCUCUCAAAGUUUCUUCCCCUCUCAUUGCCACCAUCGAGACAUUCUACCACGCCGUUAUCAUCCUAUCUUGCCGACUUCCGCGCCCAGGCACUGCACCCGCUGCUUCCACUCUUCCCCCGCCUUCAGCCAACGCCCGCCGGUCCUUGGCAGCCGAAAGAAUUGCAUGCGCAGUUCCACGAGACUGCCUGAGCCCGGCGCCGUUUGUUCCCUACGCUGUGUCCCUGGCGCUGAGUGUGGAAUACCGAAAAAUGCGACAUAGUCGAUUGCCAAUGUUCCGUGCCAGGGCCAUGAGCUCCUUCAAGCGGAACUGCGAGCUGUUGAGGCGUUAUAGCAACCAUUUCUGGAACGCUAGUGUGGUGGCAGGGCUAGGAGAACGAGUACUCAAGGAAAUGGAGCGAGCUGCCACCACUUUGAAUAAGGAUUACACGCCUUCGGUCACUAUCGCAGAGUCCAAUCUAGCCGGCAGUGCCCCAAGCAUACCUACGGCAGGCAUUACAGAACUGCCGCUACAUGACCCAGACGGUAUGAAUGCCGCUAUCGAUUCUGCCAUCGGAAUGGAUAAUACGGUCGAUUUUUCCCUCGUCGAUCCUGUGUCUGGUCAAGACGUCUUUGGCCACAUCGAUCCAAGCUUCAAUCUCGAUGCUGUAGAAGAUGCGCUAGAGGCGCACCUAGACAUUGGCCUACCAUUUACCUGGGGCGACUGGGGCCAUUACGCGACCUAG